UCAAACCAAAAUGGCUGACUUUAACAUUGUCUGAUUCUGAGCGAUUGAUUUACUUUUUUAGAUAUUAUUCGGUAAGGUUUUACUGUAAGUUCAUGUGCAUUCAAUUCCAAAUAAUGCGGAAUUGUAGUAAAUGAGAUAGGGUGUUUGUAAAUCACGGAAUAAUAAUGAAUGAGGUUGCCAACACUCAAGGCGCUUCUGCUGGUAUUGAGAAGCCGGUUCAAGAUAUUGCUGUCAAAUUCCCGCUCUUCCCGGAACCUACAGAUGAAGACUUCGAAGAUGAUAUUGGUGAUGUUGAAAGGAGUUACUAUAAAGAAAAAUUUAAAGACCUGAAUACAAUUAAUUCUUACAAGUUGCACUGCACUGCUUGUGAUCGUCAUUUAGGAUCAUCAACUCGUAAUGAAUCUCGUAUGCGUUCUCACCCUAUGCUCCGAACGUUGGUAUGUCACACAUGUCAUACGUUUUAUAACAGUGGUGAAUUUGAAAAAGGUGACGAUGGUUCUGAAUUAUAUUGUCGCUGGUGUGGUCAAGGUGGGCAAGUAUAUUGCUGUUCAGAUUGUCCUCAUGUGUUUUGUGCAAAAUGUAUUAAACGCAAUUUGGGCAUGCCUAAAAUAAAGGAAAUCGAAAAUACAGAUGAUUGGAAGUGUUUCAAGUGUAAAUCGAACUGUUUAUGGGAUCUUCGUGCAUUAUGUUGGGCUUUACUGAGAUAUUGUGACCUCAAAAAUAAAAUAACACAUAACACUCAAGAUCCACAGUUAAAAGAAACAUAUCAGAAGCAUUGUUCAAUAGAUCAUUCAGAAUGCUGUAGAAAUAAGGCAAGACGCAAAGAAAAAGUGGAUGUAAAGAGCAUUAAAAAAGAAACUGACUCUGCUAAGAAGGCAACAAGCGCUAUUAUACCACGAAUUCCUGCUACAAUACAGGUUAAAAAAUUUGCUUCAAUUAAUAUUGAUGAAUCUAAAGAAAAAAAACCACAAAAGAGACCUGCUAGUCCAGUCAAAAAUAAACCUAUAUUUAUGAAAAAUCCUGUAGCACUAGCACAGUGUCAAAAGAUAAUUACUCCAGUCACCAUGCCUCCAUUGAAGAAAAUAAGGAUGCCGAUGAUGGCACCUGUAAGAAUACAACAAGACAAAAAACCAAACCCCUUUAUAGGUCAGAAUACAUAUACACGCAUACGGCCAAAACCACCACCCAUAAUGCCUAUUCCAAUUGUACCAACGUCAUACAAUGGUUUCUCAAGUAAUAAUACUUAUAGCCAUAAUUCUUUCAACAAUAUGGUUGUUAACGAUAACAUAAACCUAUCUUUGGAGAGUUUGACUCAGGGUUUGGAUAUGGCAGCUGUAGUGGCAAUGUCUAACAACAGUAAUAAUCAGGACGAUGAUGUUGUUUGCACACCAGAUUUUCCUCUAGAACCAUUGUGCGAGGUAACAGAAGACAAUACUGAUGAUGAUGUCCAAUGUAUCACCCCUGCUCCUGCCGUUAAGCAAAUACCAUCGCUACAGCAAAACAAUACAUCAAAGUCUACCCCUAAUUAUACACGUAUAGCAAAUAACUUACCAGAUGUAUCUUCAGACAAUAUUAUACAGAUGACUGAAGAGGAUGUAUCUGUUAACACUCAGACAGGAGGUUUAAAAUUCCGAGUUGAUCCUCAAACUCUAUCAUCUAAUAAAAUGUACCGUUUACCUGAUGGACGAAUUUUUGCAAUCAAUUCAAACCCUAGUAUGCCGGGAGGAUAUUCAGCAACAAUUGUGGCAGUUACAGAAACAACUGGGAAAGCUAUAGCUCCUAAAGGUGCUACAUACGCGGCAAAAUUAAGCGCAGUUCCAAGCUCGACUCCAAAACCAAUAGUGCAUUCUAAUAGUAGUAAUCGAACGCGUGCAAAGGCAAGUAUAUUAAGGAAAUCCUUGAACAGUACGAACAGAUCAACCACGUCAGUGAAAGAGUGUGAUAUGAGUGUGUCUGUAGAAUGGUAUAGAUUCAAUUUAUUAGAAGCUAUUGAUUCCUUAGAAUAUUCAUUGGGAAGGCUGGAAAAAUUAAAAAAACAGACCACUACAUUGUUUCUUCGACAAAGAUCUCUUGAAGAAAUGCGCAGUUUACAUAGAACAUUGGAAAGAGUACUAAACACCUCGUCUAAUAGGUUUAACGAAAUUCGUGAAAAUUUAAAUAAAGAACUCAAACAAUAUGUGCAGAAAAAGACUGGUGGUACUGUGAGUGAUGACGAUGACGACGUUGAAAUAUUGCCUGAUUUGAAUGAUGAUCCUAUUUUCAUAGAUGAAAAUUCCACGGAAUCUACUAUCAAUGAAAGUAACGAAACUCAAGAAGUAGAUCUGACAGGUGUUGGUAGUAGCGAUCACAAUACUAGUAUCGAAAAUAAAGAUGAUAAUUACUUGAAUACAAGAAAAGACGUAGCAAAUUCCAUUGACGGUGAUGAUAAUAAUAGUAAUUCUUCUAACAAUGAAAAUAUCUCAAAAGAGAUAGAAAAUGGAUACAAAAUUGGUGAUGCUAAUGAUGAAAAAGCAGGCAAAGAAGUAGUAAAUCGUGAAUCGAAUAGUCCAAUAGAAAGUAAUAGUUUAGAAAAGAGUAACCACAGACAAGGUUCGCCAGAGAAAGAUAAUACAAUAACUAAUACUGAACUUGAUCAAGAACAGAAAGAUGAAAAGCCACAUAGAGAUGAUGAUUUGGAACAGAAAGAUUGCCAAAUGAAGUUGGUGAAUACUGAUACUAAACAGAAGGAGCCUACAAUUGAAAAAACUAUUGAUAAUGAUACAAAUAAAAAAGCAAUUCCAGAAGAACCACUGAAGGAGAUAGAAAAAAAGAUAUCGGAAAGUUUGAGUACUAUAAAAGUUGAGGAUAAAAUGCAGGAUUCUGAAAUGACUGAAGGUAUGAUUGAUAAAAUAUUAAAAGAAGAGGAGAAAUUGCCAGAUCCAGAAAUGAGUGAGGAAAUGAUCGAGAAUCUUCUUAAAGAUGACAAUGUAGAUGAAAUUGAGAACAUUCUUCCUGAUAAAGAAAUGGAUGUAGUAUAAAGUGUAUAAAAAUAGUGUGAGAGUUUAUAUGUUGUAUUUAGAUUAGUUAACAGAUAUAAGUUUAAAUAUUAUAUGUCAGUGAAAAUAUAAACUUUAAAAACUGUUAACAUUUAUGUAAUUAAUUCUGGGGUAUUAAUAGAUAAAACAAAAUGAAGAAAAAAGAUAUGGAAGGCAUUUUACACAGGCAAGCUAUAAAUAAUAGUAAUUUGUUCAUUUUGAAUUAUAUUUUUUAUUUGGUAUUGUGAUAAAUUGCUUAUAUUAUGCGUUACUUCACAUUUGUAUACACAGACAUUACUUUUUGGUUACUCUG